CCAGAAAAAAAGGAAAAGUAACUCAAGAAAGGAAAAAACUCAUGGUGGUAGUACAUGGUCGGAAGGAGGGGGGGGGACUCUAUUUUACUAUUAAUCGGAUCGUCGAGAUUUUGUGACCACAGACUGCACCUGAUAAGCUGCUGGUUGAGUUCUUGUGGACCGAGUGUGUCAUUUCAAAGUUGGAUUUAUUCAGCUUCAGCGGCGCAGUGCUGUUGAGAUUUGGACUAUAUGCAGCGCUCGGCUUGAGACACCAGCGCAGGAGUUUUCGGCACUAUUCCUGCGGGACUUAACUUAUUUACUACAUCCUCAACUUUGUGGUGGACAUUGUUUAACACCGGCAGAAGUCACCGGGUAACCAUUUAGCUAAGUUUUAAACCGUUUUGCUGCUGUUCCUUUGAUCGACAGUUACUGGGAGAGCUGUCCGGGCGCACUCUGUCCUUUAACGUGUUUCCAAACAUGUCACCUAAAGCCGCGGUCCUAUCGGGAAAGUAGAUUUUAGCCUUUUUAUGGACAAACUCUUGCUGCUCAAAUUUAAAUUCAGAGCGACAUACAAGUUCGCUGUAGCCUACUGUGAAUCUCCUUUGAUUUUUUUUAGCCCGCGUCGGACACCAGAGGAGAAAGUUGGACUGGGAACUUGUGUCCUAAAUGACUGUUGUUGGGAUGGAAAACGUUUUACGUCUCCGCAGUUGUUUGUAGGAGCCUCUGGAUGUCAGAAAGACAGUUAAUGAGCUAUAAGAGGCGCUCAGUCUACCCGAAACCACAUUAAUAUUCCAGUUUGUGGGUACCAGGAGAGAGAGCUCAGCGGCCGCGCUAUUAAAACUGGAUACAAAAUGGCGGCGUCCCUGGGACGAUUUGGAUAUGUUUCUCGAUGUGUUUUUUAUUUAAUUUUGACGGUCGAAUUGUUUAACAGUUAUGGAUUCGGUUCAGACUUGCCGUGUGCCCAGAACUGUACCUGCAACGGGGAUUCAGUGGACUGUAGCAACCUGGAGCUGACAGCUACGCCUCUGGACCUUCCAGCCCGGACUGUUUCCUUAAAUCUUGGCCACAACAAGCUGACCGCCAUCAGUGUUGAUGCCUUUGUGAACCUGCCCAACUUGAGAGAGCUGCGGCUGGACCACAAUGAGCUGACCUCCAUACCAGAUUUAGGACAUGCUGCUUCCAAGAUUGUAUCGCUCUACCUACAUCACAAUAAGAUCCGCAGUAUCGAUGGCAGGCGAACCAGAGAGCUUGUGUCUGUGGAAACUCUAGACCUGAGCAAUAAUGACAUCACAGAGCUGAGAGGGCACUGCUUUCCUGCCGGCCUCCAGAUCCGAGACCUGUACCUGAGCAACAACAAGAUCAGCGUGUUAGAGCUCGGAGCUCUGGACCAUCUGGGCUCGACGCUACAGGUCUUGAGACUGAGCCGAAACCGCAUUAGCCAGAUCCCCGUGAGAGCCUUCCAGCUCCCGAGGCUCACCCAGCUGGAGCUGAACAGGAACCGUAUUCGUCAAGUGGACGGUCUGACCUUUCAGGGUCUGUCCAGCCUGGAGGUGCUCAAGCUGCAAAGAAACAGCAUUAGCAAGCUGACUGAUGGGGCCUUCUGGGACCUGGCAAAGAUGAAAGUCCUUCACUUGGACUACAACAGUCUGACAGAGGUGAACAGUGGCUCCCUGUACGGCCUGACUUCCCUCCAGCAGCUGUUCCUCAGUAACAACUCUAUAGCCCGCAUCAAUCCUGACGGAUGGAAGUUCUGCCAGAAGCUGAGGGAACUCAAUCUGUCGUACAACAACUUGACUCGCCUGGAUGAAGGCAGCCUAGCUGUGCUGGGGGAUCUCCACACCCUGCGCCUGGGCCACAACUCCAUCAGCCAUAUCACCGAGGGAGCCUUCAGAGGCCUCAAGGCCGUACGCGUCCUGGAGCUGGACCAUAAUGACAUCUCUGGCACAAUAGAGGACACCAAUGGGGCCUUCUCUGGAUUGGACAGCCUCAACAAGCUGACUCUGUUUGGAAACAAGAUCAAGUCGGUGGCCAAGAAAGCCUUCUCUGGCCUGGAGACCCUGGAACACCUGAACUUGGGAGAGAAUGCCAUUCGUUCCAUCCAGCCCGAUGCCUUCAGUAAGAUGAGGAACCUCAAAACCCUUCUCAUUCAGAGCGACAGCUUCCUGUGUGACUGCCAGCUCCACUGGCUCCCUGACUGGUUGGUGACACGGGGUUUGCAGGCCGGCGUCAAUGCCACCUGUGCCCACCCAGAGAGCCUUAAGGGCACCAGCAUCUUCCAGGCCCCGUCCAGCAGCUUUGUUUGUGACGACCUUCCAAAACCCCAGAUCACGGUGCAGCCGGAAACCACAGUGACGGUGCUCGGCAGCGACGUGCGUCUCACCUGCACGGCCGCGAGCAGCAGCUCCUCCCCCAUGACCUUCGCGUGGCGAAAGGACCAAGAGCUCCUUCGUCACGCCGAGACGGAGAACUACGCUCACGUGCAAGCUCACCACCAGAGCACAACAUCCGAUGCGCCUGGCACAGGUGGAGGCGUGAUGGAGUACACCACUAUCCUUCACCUGCGGCGUGUCACCUUUGCACACGAGGGCCGUUACCAGUGCAUUAUCACCAACCACUUUGGCUCCACCUACUCGAGCAAAGCCCGCCUCAUCGUCAACGUUCUUCCAUCCUUUGUGAAGACUCCCAAAGACAGCACCAUCAGGACCGGCCACACAGCCAGGCUGGAGUGUGCCGCAGAGGGCCACCCGGCGCCUCAGAUCGCCUGGCAGAAGGACGGCGGCACGGACUUUCCUGCCGCCCGCGAGCGCCGAAUGCAUGUCAUGCCCGACGACGACGUGUUCUUCAUCAUGGAUGUCAAACCGGAAGACAUGGGCGUGUACAGCUGCACGGCUAAAAACACAGCGGGCACCAUUUCUGCCAACGCCACCCUCACCGUGCUGGAGACCCCCCACCUAGCCCAGGACCUGGAGGAUCGCAGCGUGGUGGUGGGGGACACGGUAGCCCUGCAGUGUAAGGCCCUGGGCAGUCCGCCGCCGCGCAUCACCUGGCUGCGCAACGACCAGCCCCUGCGUCCCUCCGACAGACACUACUUCACCACGGGGAACCAGCUGCUGGUCAUCGGAUCCGCCUCGCUGGAAGAUGCCGGCCGCUACACCUGCCUCAUGUCCAACACGCUGGGCACGGAGCGCGCUCACAGCCAGCUGGUGGUGACGCAGCGCAGAAGCCCCUGCGCCCCUCCGCCGGGCCCCAGCACGGUCACUAUAGGGAUCAUUGUCAUCGCCGUGGUGACGAGCAUUGUGGUGACAUCGCUGGUGUGGGUUUGCAUCAUCUAUCAGACCAGGAAGAAGAGUGAGGAGUGCAGUGUCACCAACACAGAUGAGACGAUAGUUCCUCCAGACGUCCCCAGUUACCUCUCUUCCCAGGGCACUCUGUCCGAGCGGCAGGAUGUGUGUAUCCGCGUGGAGGCCGGCGGUGGACCUCAGCCCAACGGACACGUCAUAGACGCCACAGGUUUCGAUGGUGCGGUAGUGUGUACAGAUUGUUUGGAGAACAGCAACAGCUACUCCAAAGAUCCCGACUACCUGACGCACAGUUUUGGCCCCGCCGGAGGCAUGGAGUACCAGCAGCACUCCGUUCCCCCGCCAUACUCUCACUUUCACCCGGCGGAGCAUCACGAACUGGGGUCACACACGACCCCGCUCUGCAACGGGACACCCAACGGGAUCCGGAAGGACAUCCAGGGAUCUGCGUUUCCAAAAAACCACAAUACGUUACAAGGGAAUCAACAUGAUAGAAAAGUGAGCAGAGCGGGACAGUCGCCGGCCAGCUCUCCAUCACAGGAAGAGUCCUUCCACAAGCCGGUGAAGCUGACGGGCGUGACGAGCCACGGCUGCUCCGACACGGACUGUGAGCCUGAGCUCAGGCAGACUCUGCUGUCCAACGGACACACCCUCAGAGCCUCUCAGAAUGAGAGCGCCCCCCUAAGGAGAGCCAGCGACUAGCACAGGUGCUGCAUCCAGCCCAAGACAUGGACUCGCAGUAGAUGAGUGGACUUUUAAUUUUUUUUUUUUUUGCACUGGGAAAUAAACUGCUACCUCAUAUCGAGGCGAUUGAUCCUGAGCCUCCUGGAUGUGGACUGAAAGGGAGCGCCAGGAGGAGGAAAAGAAAAUAAGAAAAACACAGGGGGCAUCCGGAGUUUGAAGGCGGAGCUUGUGUGGGUGGCGUCCCAUCUGAGCGUAUCAGCUGUACAUAGUUAUAACCUUCCCUUGGGAGGUGACCAAUAAAAAUUCUAGCUCCAAAAAAAUGUGACUUGCAUUUGAAGCAUGUAAAUGUAGGGAAUCUUGUACAGUGUAAGUAUGUGCAGGGGCAAAAAAAAAAAAAAGAGAAAUAUACCUUUGGACAUUUGACUGUACAUAAGAGUUUUCUUAUAUUAUAUAUUAUAUAACU